AUGUUCGUAGCAGUUGCUAUGGAUGGAAACAACAACACUACGCCAAUAGCAUUUGGUAUCAGGGUGGCAAAUAAUGUUAACUCCUGCAAUUGCUUCCUUAUGAGGUUGAAGGAUGCUAUCAGAGAGGGUAGGGAAGUUGCGUUCAUAAACAAUAUGGACGAUACCAUUUCUUCUUUUGUGGGUCAGGUAUUCCCUGAGGCUUAUCAUGGUUAUUCGUCUAAGAGUGUUUUGAUUUACUGUCGCUUAAGAAUUGGUCAAAUCACAAAUUUAGACUACUUGUUCUUCCGUGCAUGCAAAGCAUAUACCACACAAGAUUUUGAAAAAUCAUUUUCUAAGUUAAGUCAUGCUGCACGUGAGGUUCUUGCCAACAUCGGAAAAACAAAAUGGGCACAGGCCUAUUUCCCGAAUAUACGUUGGAAUGUACUAAACAUUAAUAUUCCAGAAUUCCUAUUGGUGUUAUCAGUUAGUCAACGGAACGUACCAAUAAUAACGCUAAUUGAUGCAAUUGUUCAGUACAUCCAACAGACGUUUGCAGAACGCAAUGUCGUGGGAGGGAUGUUGAACACCGUUUUCACCCCUUACACAGAGAUGGUCCUUCACAGGAAGAUGCAAAAGUCUCUACGAUGGAAAGCAACUAAAAUUCCACCUAAGAUCCCAUCUCCGUCCCCCUAUAAUAUUUUCCAUGUAUUUUAUCUACAAAGAACGUGUGUUGUAGAUCUUAAUCGACACACAUGUUCUUGUGGGAAAUGGCAUAGUCUAGGUAUAUCAUGUGGUCAUGCUAUUGCUGCAUCACAUUAUACAAAAAACACGGAAUCAACUGAUAUGGUUCAAAUAUAUUAUCUUGCUGAUGUGUUUCGAACUACAUACCAGACUAGAAAUGUGAACGUUAUUCCUCUUGCAUCAGAAUGGGAAAUACUAGAGCCGUUGAUGGUCGUUUUAAUCCCUAUGUAA